ACCUGAUUGGAGGAUCCCCUUCUAGUUAUUCCACAAUGGUAAAAGUGGGGAUGAUUCUGUAUGAAAAUUUAUCAUUUACUGAACAUCAGGUGUGAUCUUUGCACCUCUCAGGAAAGUUUGAGUUUCUUUUUUAGAUUGUUGAAUGUGGAUUGUUUCUUUCUAAGGUACCUCUUUUCUUCCUAAGCCUUAAUCUUGAUAGUUUUUUUGGAACCUGGGAAUUGGUUGUAUACUUUUCACAACCCAAGGAUCUUUCCCUUGCGUAGCAGGCAAGCAAACAUAUGAAUACAAAUAGCAGACUACACUUGCACCAGGAAGUAAAGGGAAAGCAAACUGAACUUGCUCAGCAGUGACAGGGAAAUUAGGUGGCAGUUGUCCUCUCCAGGGCUGAAAGUUAGCCUGUAACUCCUCGAGUUCUUCUGAUUUAGGAGCUAGGUUCAAGUGAGGUGAUGGGGUAUUUCAAGGCAGUCGGCCAUCUCCGCAGCCAGUUCAACUGAACUGGGUGAGGCUUCUGAAUAAAUACAUUUAAGCUCAGGCUGCAUGUGCUAAAUAUCCAGCAGAAAAUGUAGAUCAAGUUGUAAAACCCAGAUUGCCAAGUAGUUACCAUGGUUGGUAGGAUUCAAAUAUUGUAUCUUGAGAGCUGUGCUUUCCCAUGACUUUUAAAUAGUAAACAAGAAUAUUUCCCCCACCUCCCUGAGCAGUGAGGGAUUAGAGAUGGGGUGGGUGCUUGACUCAUUUGUGGCUUGUUUGGAUAAAAGAGAAGCUGAUAACGACAGAAAGCAAGCACAAGUUUCUGGAUUGUAUCUGUCCUGAGAACUAUUACUGGAGCAGUCUCACCCCACCAUGGAUGACAACUAUCAGAAUGAAGACUACUACAAUGAUGAUAAGUCAGAGAAAUUGUCCCACACCAGGGAAGUACAUUCCAAGUCAGAACAUAUUACAGCAGGUAAUGGGGAGGAUGAGAAGAAAUUCUCAAAACAUUGCUCUAGUUCUGUGAUAAAGUGUUGUGUUCUCACAACAGAAGCAAGCUUUCCAGAAUGUCCAGGUAGCUGGGAGAAGUUCCAGGAGAAAUGCUACUACUACUCCAGAGAACCAGAGAGGUGGAAUGAUGCCAGAAGUCUCUGCCAACACCUAGGUGCAGAUCUGAUAGUGAUUGACAAUGAAAACGAACAGGCGAGUCUCUCCUGACUCAAGUGUAAAAAGUGGAAAUGCUGUGAAUGUAGUAGAGAUUUAUCUUCCCCUUAAGGUUCUACUAUGAAUUGAUCCCAAUAUGAAAUUUGAGACUCCAGAACAGCCAUCAGCCAUGAGUCAUUCUACAUAUUGCAUGGAAUGAGGAGACAACUGCGGCUAGAGGAUUUUGAUACUGUAGAUUGGGAGCCUUAUUUAUAAAUCCUGCCCCAUGUAAAAAAAUCUCCCUAUAUACAUUAAA